UCUAAUGCUGAGAUGCCUUGUAGCUCUGUUUGGCAGACUUCAAAUGUUGCUUCAGUUCCUUACUUAAGGAUGUUAAAAGAUACAGGGAAGUACAGUCUACUCUGAUGACAGAACCUUGGUUGCAUUUAACAUCAGUGCUUCUUGACAAACUUAAUACCUGUGUCAAGUUCUAAUUUUAAGAAAGAAAGCAUAGUGUAAUCUUGAUAAAAGUUCAAUGGCAGUCAUUCCUCAUUUGUUUGCCUUGUCAAUUUGCUCCUUAGAUGACAAGUGUUUGAACUUCUUGGCAACAUCUGAUAUGAAAUAGGGACACUCACAGACCCGUUUGAGGAUGAAACUUUGAAACUUUAGCCAAUUAGCAUCACCCACUGAGUAUAGUACAAAUAGAAUGACAGAUCUGUAAGCACCUUUUAACUCUUUUGUCCUCAUUUCAAAGACUGUUCAUUGUCUUGUUUAGCAUGGAGUAUGACUGGGACUGGGAAGAAAAAGAAGCGUGUUGUCACUUGAGUAAGACUGCCUGAGAAAUGUUACUAAGUUAGAGUUGGGUGUUUCCUUUGGGAGAGAACAGGCCUAAACAGUGCCUUCCACAUCCUGUAGCUACUAGGAAGGCACCAUGAUUGAGAUUAGAGAUGCUCCUUUACCUAAUUUUUACACAAGUUUAAAUUAACCUUAUGAAGGAUGGGGAUGGAAAGAUGCUACCAAGGACCUGUAAUCACAUAGUCUUUGUCUCUUUCACAAAACAGGAGCCACACAAAUCAUAAAAGGGGUGGGGGGGGUGAAUAUAACCAAUGAGAAAAACUUACUAUUUCACUCAAAAUUAGUCUGAAGAAUCAAAUGAAGUUUAAAUGCUAUAGCACAGUAUCUGACCCAUUUGAUAAAUGGCACCUAACUCAAUACAUUCUGCCAUACUAAAACAAAAGUUUAGAAUGUAAAAAGCAGAAUAAAAUCAAUAGAUUAUAUGUGUAAAUAUCACUACAUUAGGCAGGGGUGGGUGUCAUGAGGAUUAGUGUGAUAGUGACCUUGUUGCUAAGUACAAAAGCAAAACAAUGACAUAAAAACAAGUGCUGAGUGGAGGAGAGAGAUGGAGGCAGACACUACGGAAAAAAAAAAAAAAAGACUGAUUGAAAAGGGCCCUUUGAUUCCACAGGCACAAAAAUCCACAGCCAGGAAUUUGCUGCCACCUCUGAGUCAGGCAGGGGGUGGGGAUGGGGGUGCACAAUCCCAUUAGAGAAUGCCCAGUGGAUUUAGUCUGUGGGAGUCAUAUUUCUUAUUUGGCCCAGUGAAGACAGAAGCAAACCAGCUCACUUGUUUCCUGGGACAGUUGAUUUAGGGGAUGGCUUUCGCUGAGCAGUCACCUCUGACCCUUCACCGCCGGGACCUCUGUAGCCGUUCUAUCUGGCUAGCAAGGAAGAUUCGUUCAGACCUGACUGCUCUUGUGGAGUCUUAUGUGAAGCAUCAGGGCCUGAAUGAAAAUGUCAACCUGGACUCGGUGGCUGGUGUGCCAGUGGCAAGCACUGAUCGUUGGAGUGAGAUGACUGAGGCAGAGAGACUCCAAGAGAACCUUCAGGCUUACCGUACCUUCCAUGGGAUGUUGACCAAGCUUUUAGAAGAUCAGAGAGUACAUUUCACCCCAGCUGAAGGUGGCUUCCAUCAGGCAAUACAUACUCUUCUGCUCCAAGUUUCUGCCUUUGCCUACCAGCUAGAGGAGUUAAUGGCACUUCUGGAACAGAAGAUCCCAGAGAAUGAGGUUGAUGGGAUGCCUGUUGCUGUUGGAGAUGGUGGCCUCUUUGAGAAGAAGCUAUGGGGCCUAAAGGUUCUUCAAGAGCUUUCGCAGUGGACCGUGAGGUCUAUCCAUGACCUCCGUGUCAUUUCUUCUCAUCAGAUGGGAAUCUCAGCACAUGAGAGCCAUUAUGAGGCCAAGGAUAAGCAAAUGUAGCAGUCAGCUCUUCCCUCUCUUUUGUUCUGGUGAGAUAUAGGUACUUCCCCGAGGCCUCGAUUUCUCAGAAUCAAUUUUUGAAAACCAUAGACCACAGGCAUUUUCAUCAAGUAGGGUUGACCCACAUAUGAAAAGGCGGAUAUUACAGGGUUAUUCUGGGUGUAUGCAUAUGUGUGCACAUGUUUUUGUUUGUAUUGGUGGUAUAGUAGAGGAAAAAAAAGGGGACACUAUCCUCCCAUCUUCCUGCUUCAACAUUCCUGAUACUAAGUGACCUUUCUAGGCAUUUAAACAGCCUUACAGACAGAAGAGAAAUUGUAACCAGUUCUGGUUGACUUCGGCAAAGACUGACUAACAAAUUGGAAGUCCUAGACUAGGGCCAUUCAAACUACCAUAAUAAAAAUAACAUUGCUGUGCUAAGGCAAUGAGUGUGCCAUCACUUUAUAUACUUUCUGUAUAACUUGACAUCUUUGUCUCAGAGGGUUAGAAGAUGGUUCUUGCUAUCUAUCCCUAGCACUGAAAAACAGCCCUUAUUACACAUCCUCAUAAGUCAGCAGCAGACAGCCAUCCACAAGUAUUUGUUGCUCAUACCUGGUAAAGACAGCAACUGCUUAUUAUCUUCAGAUUCCAUUUGGGAAAAAAAAAGGGGGGGCCCACUGUACUUGGAAGCUAAAGAAUAUGCAAUAACAUACUGGUUUAGUGUUGCCUAAUGUACUUGAAUAUUGAGUUAAUCUCUGUUUAUAGCAAGUGAACAGAUCAGUGAUACAGGUGCUAUAACUAGAUACUCGACAGAGGAUGGAAUGCUCAGGUUAAAGUGUCACAGAGCUCCAUCACUUUACAUUCUCUGGACUUAGUCAUGAGGUGAGGAUGAGGUCUAGUUGGUCCCCACUGAGAAUGCCAGAGAUUCUUAACACAAUAACGCUCUGCUUUUAAUGUUCUUGUAAGCGCCACACAGUGUGGAAGACUAGGAAAGAGACAUCCCUGGGGAAGUCAUUUGCAGUGAAACCUGUACAUUAAUGAGGCAUUGUGAAUCCAACAGUUUGUUAGUAUCAUUUGUUUUUUACUUAUCUUUAGUUAAACCUGAGAGGUCUUGAGUUGGGGAUCUAAAUCUAAUCAUGACAUCUUGCUUCAUAAAUGAACCAUCUUAUAUCCUCUCCUGCAAGGAGUUCCAUACAGGCUAGAACUCUAAUCAUGUACAGGACAGGACUCAGCCAAUCACUGUAGUAUUUCAGGGGAAGUGAUACCCUGUAUUCUACUAUGCAUUUGUGAAAAUACAGUUGUGUAUGUAUAAAAUAAAGACCAAAAUGUGAGAUUGCAAAGAAUUGAAAGAGAUCAAUUAAAGCCACAAAUAAAUAUA